CGCUGCCGCCGGCCACCAUGCAGUCAACUUCAGCGUAACCGGCAAUGUCACAGUGCAUGGACAUCGCAAAUGCCAGCCCUCGUCGCAGGCUACUUGCACUGGAAGCAUUGCGAAGCCAUACCCAUACCCAAUGUUGAAGCUGGAAUGUUCAAGUUCGAUGUCAGCACAGUUGAUAUUCUAGUCCCGCAAGCUGCUGAUGAGCUGGCCAAUGUGUCACUCAUCAACGUCGGACUCCUUGGCUGUUCUCCCAUUCAGCCUAACAUCGCUGUGUCCCUCCAAUGCCUCGAAUUAUAUCAUCAGAUCCGCCGGCGCAAACCAUCCUUCAGUGUACAGGCCAUGGUCAAAGUAUUAUGUGCCCUUCACAAUCGCUCAUAUUUUCAAGCGCUGCGGGAUCAAUUCGCAAUUGCUUUUGAUGCAUAUCUCGACAUUUUACGGCACAUUCAAGAAUUAGUCAACAUUGCAUUGAAAUGUGAUGGUCCUCAUUGGCGCAUGCUUCACUUGUGCCCUGCAUGUGAUUACAAGCAAGAGAAUGAGCCAACAUUGAUCCCUGCGAGGAUGGACAGUAUGGACGGCAAUAGCUCAUUGAAACGGGUUGAUGGCUCUGGACACGCUGACGACCGUGUCUUCGAAACAUCCUAUUUGAUUUCUCCUGACGAAGUCGACACAUUCAAGGAUGAUGUGCGACUGCGGCCAGGAACACGUGGCACAGCCAUUACUGACACAGCGGGAGGCACCACUCCAGCUGGUGUUUCAGAGUCUGCUUGCACCGACAAUUGGAAGACCACGAACACGAUUUCUGACAACACUGUCAAAGUUUUUGAGCAAACAGGUAUUUUCAUAAGUGCUUGUCGACAUGGCAUGAUCCAGACCUUGGCUGAGAUGCGGCGAAGUGGGGAACUUGCCAAAUAUGCUCUCGCGACAACAAAUAAAGUUCUCGAUGUUUAUGGUCUGGAUGGAGUAACGGGAUAUGACAUUGGAUGUUCCUAUCAGAAGACUGUUGAUGCCGGCUCUAUCUCCGCCAAGGCACACUCCAACCAUCAUCGCUUCAUUGUCAAUUUGUUUCAUGGACACGCACACAACCGCCGGUGUCAACUUCAAUUCCAUCCUCUAUAUCAACAUGGACUCGGUCUUGAAGACCUUGAAAUGUGCGAGCGCAUAUUCUCCGGAUCAAAUGCUGUAGCUCCUGUUAUCCGACACACAUCUUACUUUCACUGGCUUCAGUUCAUCGACCUUCAUUUUCAGCAAUGGGAUUCCGAUAGGUACCUGGAGCUAAGUACAUUCUUGUAUAACAACUACCAGCAAGCCCUCGCGAUCAUUGAUGACCUAAGCCCUGCAGUUGAGGAAUUAAAGUUAGCACUGAAGAUUUCGGAUGGAGACUUUGAGCGCUGGAAUAUGGAAGAGCUAGAAUUUCUGGAGAGCCUGAUGGAGGAAAUGGAGGAGGACAUUGACACUAUGACUUAUGUGGACGCAUUACAAUCACUCACCAGAGCAGACGUUAUGAUGGCACAAUUUCUGACUUACACUCCUGCAGAUUUCACCCCUUCCCAUGAUCUCCAAAAAAACCAACAGGUCUUUGCGAGGGCUCGAGAAGCUGAAUGCCAUGCAGCUCAUCGCAAAUUGGUUCUUGAAAUGAACGUCGUUGACGACAUCGAGCACCACAUGGGAAUUACGGCAAGAUGGCAACCACAGGACGCUAAAUAUCAGGAGGGUUUAGCAUAUCUUACCAACCGGCGAUUUAUUCGUUCCAUUGAGCAGUUGCAGGGCCUCGUCAUCCAGAGGCUCUUUGAGUUGGCCAAAGCGAACAUCGCCGGCACAGGUUACAAACUCUGUCAACACAUCUCAAACGCUAUCAGUCGCCGGUCAGCAGCCAUCCGAACAGCCCUUGAAAAAUACAAUCAGCUUGCCAUUGUUCAAAUGCCGCUGCGAGAAGUCUUAGAAUUCAGUGAAAUUGCAUCAUAUGCUUGGCUAGGCAAGUUUGACCUGCUCAAGCAUUCGCGUCAUCGUAUACUUGAGAAGCCGUGGGCGUCCAAAGGAAAUUGCGAGGUUGCGAACAAUUUCUUCAAGAUUCAACGUGCUCAUGAAGAAGUUCGACGUCUCAAUGUUGAAGUCGCGCGACUAUCUGCUUGGGUAGAUCACGAAGAUGCCCACUUCAAAGCAACAAUCGAAUCAUUGGUCAAAUCAGAUCCAACACUCUCGCACGAGAUCUCUUGCAUGUAUGAGGAGCGCAGACGAGUGAAUGACGUGCAUCGGAGAAGAAUUCAUGCUAUUUCUGAGCUCCCUGGUUACUCUGGAUCAAGGGGUGUGGAGACAAGAGGUAUUGUCAAUGAUAGAGGUGGGGACGCAAAUGAGAUGAUGGAAGAUUUAAGGGGUACUAGGAGUAUUGAGGUUGAUGAAGAUGAUGCGCUUUGUGACGAAGCUGACCAUUUGCAAGCCUGUAUGAUUUAG